AUGGCGUCUCCCGUCGCCUCGGCCGCCCUGCGGUCCCGCGUCAAGCGCGCGUCGAUGCUGAACAAGCUCACCCGCCCCCAGGACCUCCUCCAGCACUUUCCCCACGGCGCCUACAUCGGCUGGUCCGGCUUCACCGGCGUCGGCUACCCCAAGAAGAUGCCGACCUUCCUCGCCGACCACGUCGAGCAGAACAACCUCCAGGGCCAGCUGCGCUACAGCCUGUUCGUCGGCGCUUCCUCCGGCGCCGAGACGGAGAACCGCUGGGCCGGCCUCAACAUGAUUGAGCGCCGCAGCCCUCACCAGGUCGGCAAGGCCAUCUCCAAGGGCAUCAACGAGGGCCGCAUCAACUUCUACGACAAGCACUUGUCCCAGUUCCCCGUCGACCUCGUCUACGGCUUUUACACCAAGGACCGCCCCAACAAGAACCUCGACGUUGUCGUCGUCGAGGCCACCGAGAUCAAGGAGGAUGGCAGCAUCGUCCCGGGCGCCUCUGUCGGCGCCACUCCCGAGCUCGUCCAGAUGGCCGACAAGAUCAUCAUCGAGGUCAACACCUCGCUGCCCAGCUUCGACGGCCUGCACGACAUCACCAUGACCGACCUGCCCCCGCGCCGCAAGCCCUACCUCAUCACGGGCGUCGAGGACCGCAUCGGCACCACCUCCAUCCCCAUCGACACCGAGAAGGUCGUCGGUGUCAUCGAGUCCGACUACCCCGACCAGACCGCACCAAACACCCCCGCCGACGCCUCCUCGCGCGCCAUCGCCGGCCACCUCAUCGAGUACUUUGAGCACGAGGUCAGGCACGGCCGCAUGCCCAAGAACCUCUUGCCGCUGCAGUCCGGCAUCGGCAAUAUCGCCAACGCCGUCGUCGGCGGCCUCAAGGACUCCAACUUCUGGAACCUCAAGGUCUGGACCGAAGUCAUCCAGGACACUUUCCUCGACCUUUUCGACUCGGGCCACCUCGAUUUCGCGACUGCCACUUCCGUCCGCUUUUCUCCCGACGGUUUCCAGCGCUUCUAUGACAACUGGGACAACUACCACAACAAGCUCCUCCUCCGCAGCCAACAGGUUUCUAACUCCCCCGAAAUCAUCCGCCGCCUCGGCGUUAUUGGCAUGAACACCCCGGUCGAAGUUGACAUUUACGCACACGCCAACAGCACGUGCGUUAUGGGGUCCCGCAUGCUCAACGGCCUCGGCGGUAGCGCCGAUUUCCUGCGCAACGCCAAAUAUAGCAUCAUGCAUACUCCCUCCACUCGCCCAUCCAAAACCGACCCUCACGGAGAUCUCGACGUUAUCGUGACUGAGCAAGGCCUUGCAGAUGUCCGGGGCCUGAGCCCCCGCGAGCGUGCUCGUGUCAUUAUCAAGAAAUGUGCCCACCCGGUCUACCAGCCCAUUCUGGAACGUUAUUUUGACAAGGCUGAGUUCGAAUGCCUUCGUAAGGGCAUGGGCCACGAGCCUCAUCUACUUUUCAACACUUUUGAUAUGCACAAGGCUCUUAUGGAGGAGGGUAGCAUGCAGAAGGUUAAGAGCUUUUGA